GCGGGCCGGGGGGAGGGGCCUGCAGUCGGCUCUGAUCGCGCGGUGCAGAGAUGGGGGGGCCCCCAGCGAGGGCCGGAGCCCCCAGGCUCUCGGCCAGUCCUUCUUUCGUAGGUCUCCGGUCGGGCCAGAACCUGCGGGGUCCGGGCUGGGGCCCAGUGCACGCGGGUCCGGAGGCCGAGGAGCCGGGUGCAUGGGCGGCGGCAGAGCCCGCGGGCGCUGUCCAGGAGCUGGGCAGCCCAACCGGCCGGCUGGAGGUCUCGACGCCUCCGCCCGGCACCGGGCACAGCGUUGGGCACGGGUCAGGCCAGGGCAGCGGGUUCUCGCCGCGGGCCCCGCCCCGUGCUCGACUGACCUCCCCUCACCCUAGGCGGGGUCGCGUCCAGCAGGGUGAUCCUCCUAUGGCGGCUGUGCCGAGCGCCCUUUCCCGCGCCGCGCCCCGCUAACUUUGUUCUUACAGCACACAUGGUUCCACUCAGGGACCACCCCCCUCCCGUGGGGGAGCAACGUUUGGGGGCGAGUGGCGGAAGUGGCAAGACCAAGAGCAACAGGAAAUGACUUAGGGAAAGUCCCAACCGCAGCCCCCCAGCCCCCUGCCUGUAAACACUCCCCUCCGCUGCAGGCUGGGGGAGGGCCUGUGGGGCCCCAAGUGAGCGAAGGAACGAACCGACUUCCCCUUGCAGAAACGAGCGUUGCUGAGCCUCCACCCGGGUCCUCCAUCACCUCGGACGAGCCAUGUUCCAGGCUACAGGAGCCGCCCAGGCCACCCCUUCUCAUGAAGCCAAAGGCGGCAGCAGCAGCAGCAGCUCGGUGCAGCGUUCCAAGUCCUUCAGCCUGCGGGCCCAGGUGAAGGAGACCUGCACCGCCUGCCAGAAGACUGUGUACCCCAUGGAACGGCUGGUGGCAGACAAGCUCAUCUUCCACAGCUCUUGCUUCUGCUGCAAGCACUGUCACACCAAGCUCAGCCUGGGCAGCUACGCAGCGCUGCAUGGCGAGUUCUACUGCAAGCCCCACUUCCAGCAGCUCUUCAAGAGCAAAGGCAACUACGAUGAAGGCUUUGGCCGGAAGCAGCACAAGGAGCUGUGGGCCCACAAGGAAAUGGACCCCGGCACCAAGACAACCUGAUGUUGCUCCAACCCUCCACUCCCCGGGCAGAGCACCUGGAGCUGGGCAGUGGAAAGGGUGGGAAAGAGGUGGGAGCUGGGUUUGGGUUGGAGGAGGGGGCUAAGGCGGGAAGGAGAUGAGCCUGCAGAGACAGAAGCUUCCAGGGGCAGGGCUCUGCUCCAGGAGCCCUUCCUUCUCGCAGGGGGUCUGGGAACCAGGAUCAGAGGCUUGGUCACCACCCUGCUUCCUGCUU